UAGUGCCAGUCAGUGCCGCCUAUCAGUGCCAUGCAUCAGUGCUGCAUUUCAGUGCCCAUCAGUGAUGCCUGUCAAUGCCCAUCAGUGCCACCUACCAGUGCCUCCUCAUCAGUGCCCAUCAGUGCCACCUAUCAGUGUCCAUCAGUGCAGCCUAUCAGUGCAGCCUCAUUAGCGCACAUCAGGGACAUGUACACUGAUGAUCAGUGUGCCCUGAUGAUCAGUGUAGCCCCAGCAGUGCCACCUGUCAGUGCCCAUCAAUGCCAGCUGUCAGUGCUCAUCAAUGCCACCUGCCAGUGCCCAUUAAAGCCUCAUCAAUGCCACAUA